CGCAGCUAUUUACAAACAAUUGACUAUAUGGACGUGUUUAAAUAUUUUCUUAAAUGAAGAGCUGAAUUUUUUUAAAACAAAAAUUUGAAGUUAAGUGUCAAAUGCGAAAAAAGAAAAACAAAUUUUGGUACUGAAAAAUAAAUAUUAUUUAUGAAAUGCAGAAAAUUAGUUGGCGAAAAUGGUGCAUUUCUUGCGGGAAGCAAAAUGAUUCAGACUUAAAUAUUGACUUAUGCUCAAAAGAUGUUGGAACAGGAGGUUCAUCUGUUCUUAAAUAUUUGCAACUAGUGAUGCAUGAUGAAACAAAAUUCUAUUCUGGUAAAAUAUGUUUAACAUGUUACAGUACAAUUAGUUUUAUAGUGCAGUUUAAUAACCAUGUUACAAAAGUGCAAAAAAUGUUUCUGGAGUUUGAAAAAUAUAGUUGUGACCAAAAUAUUUGUCUUGAAUCUUUGCAAAAAAAAAUUGGGCUAAUUUCUCAAUCGGGUAUACAAUUAGAUUUUCUCGAAAAAAACGAUGGCAUUUUUCCCCCGAAAUUUUUGGUAAAACAAUAUGAUACCGAUGAAGUUUCCGAAGAAAAUAAACGGUCAAAUGAAGAAGAGGAGGACAUCAAACCUAUUAUAGAAAAUGAAACUGCCAAAACAGAGGGUUCUACAUACCAAGUUUCCCCAAAUGAGGUGUUUGUAAUUGAAAACAAUUCGUUUGUAGACGAUACUGAUACAGCAACAACUGCCGAAAAUGAAGUGUGCGAUGUUUUGAGUAAUGGCGACGAAAAUUCUUUUAACCACGAUUUAUCUGAAACCGAAAAAAAAUUUAUAUGUCCAAAGUGCAGCAAGGAAUUUAAACUUAAAAGAUAUCUAGAUAAUCAUUUCCGCAGGGUUCAUAAACAAAAUAAAUCUUUCAGAUGCAAUUCAUGUACUAAAACUUUUGAAAGCAGAGAGUGCUUGAGAGAACAUUCAAAAUUACAUAAAGAAGAAAGAAAAUAUAAAUGUCCAGACUGCGAUAAAGCUUUUAAGCACAAGCAGGAUUUGAAUGUACAUUCUGCCACACAUGACGGUAUCGGCUGUAUUUGUCAAAUCUGUGGAGUUAAAUGUAAAACUAAAAACGUUUUGCGGAGCCAUAUGGUUGUACAUUCUGAUACAAAAAAGUACAAGUGCAAAUUUUGCUCUAAAGAAUUUAAAAGAUCGAAGGAAUUCAAGUAUCAUUUGAUUUUACAUACUGGAUUAAAACCCUAUCAGUGCCCUUUUUGUGAUCUAAAGUUCCCAAAUCGACCAAAUUGUCGAAAGCAUGAAAAAAAAGCUCACCCUAAAGAAUUAGCUGAACAAGAAUCAAAAGGUCAACCAAAAUUUUUUAAGUCAAUUCCAAGCAUAACGGAAUUGAAUGAACUAGUACUAAAAAAAGAAUGCUGAACGUAUGAUGUAUAUGCUUAUAGAAGAAAUCAAUUUUUAGAUGUGAUAAAAAUUAUAAAAUUUGCAACUUCGUUGGUGUUUAAUGUACAUUAGUAGAUUUAAUGUGUCUACCUUCCUACUAACACUUCGUUUUUUAAAGAACCAAAGAAAAAAUUGGCGAACAGCAUUAGUAGGGCUAUUCCAAAUUGUUUCGAGAUUAAAUUUACUAACUACGAAUAUUUCUACGAACAAAAUGCUUGGGACUGAAUUCGUUGAUCCUUACUUCCAUUGCUAAAGAAAGUUAAAAUGAA